AUAUACAGGAGAAGAUCAAGGUCUCAAUCGUACCACCUGAUCCUUGAUACAGCGAGUGUCCAUUAUCAGAUACAGUUUCUCUUUAAAGUGUUUCCCAGUUAUCAGCUCUCAUUGAAAUUCACAACCAUCCGACUGUUGAUUCCCAGCUAAAGUCCAGAGGUCACGACCAGGUGCUCAGAGAGCCUCUGACUUCUUGUCCGUGGGACCAGGAGACCGUCUACAGGAGCUAUGGGUUUGGUGAAGGAGUUGCAGAAGAAGAAGAUUAUUGUGGGUGUCUUGGCUGCAUCGAUUGUGACCUUAAUCCUCGGACUUGGACUCGGUCUUGGACUGGACUUGCAGAAAUGUCAAAACAAAGUCGUCCCCCACACGUCCUGCAGAGGCCGAUGCUACGAGCCCUACGACGGAGACGUCCCCGGCUGCAGGUGUGACAAGAACUGCAACACCAGCAGCAGCUGUUGCAACGACUACCAGGACAUCUGCACCGCCCCUGCUGAGCAGUGGGAGUGCACGAGGCUGCGCUGUGGGGAGCAGCGGAUGACACAGAGCCGGUGCCAGUGCUCUGAGGACUGUCUCUCUGCAGGCGACUGCUGCACCAACUACAUGCAAGUGUGCCGAGGAGAGAGAGAGUGGGUGGAGGACGAGUGUGAAGACCUGGUGACCCCCACAUGUCCAUCAGGCUUCAAGGAGCAGCCUCUGCUGCUGGUCUCUCUGGAUGGACUGAGGGCCGAGUACCUGCAGACGUGGAGCGCUCUCAUCCCCGUCCUGGACAAGCUCCAGAAGUGUGGGACGUCGGCGCCGUACAUGCAGGCGGUGUUCCCCACCAAGACUUUCCCCAAUCACUACACCAUCGUCACGGGUCUCUACCCUGAGUCCAACGGUUUGAUUGACAACACCAUGUUCGACCCGGUGUUCAACGCCUCCUACAGCCUGUCGAGUCCAGAGAAGGACAACCCUGCCUGGUACCUGGGGCAGCCAAUCUGGCACACAGCGAAGUUCCAGGGGCUGAAGGCCGGCACGUUCUUCUGGCCGGGGUCCGACGUCAAAAUCAACGGCAGCUUCCCCGACAUCUACAGACUUUUCAACGGCAAAGUGCCAUUUGAAGAGAGGGUGCUGACCGUGCUGAGGUGGCUCCAGCUGCCAGAUGAUGAAAGACCAGAUUUCUACACAUUGUACCUGGAGGAACCGGAUAAGUCUGGACACAGCUACGGUCCUGUGAGCGGGGGGCUGAUCGAGGGCCUCCAGGGGGUGGACAGAGUCAUGGGUCAGCUCAUGAACGGCCUCAAGCAGAUCGGCCUCCACCGCUGCCUCAACAUCGUCAUCGUGGCCGAUCACGGCAUGGAGGAAACGAGCUGCGACAGGAAGGAGGUUCUUCAGGAGCUGGUCGGGGACGUCAGAAGCUACUGGGUCACCGAGGGGCCGCUCGGACGCAUCAGGUCCCGAGGCAGCGACCCGUUGGACUCGGCCCAACUAGUUGCCAACAUGACUUGUAAGCGGCCCGACCAAAAGGUGAAGCCGUACCUGAAGGCCCACCUGCCCAAGCGCCUCCACUUUGCCAACAGCCGUCGCAUUGAAGAUGUCAACGUCCUGGUGGAGCCAAAGUGGCUGUUUGAGAGAUAUCCAGGGUCGCUCACCUUCUGCUCGGGGGGAAACCACGGCUACGACAACGAUGCUGGGAGCAUGCAUGCCAUGUUUGUCAGUUAUGGACCAAAGUUCCUGUAUAAAACCGAGAUCGAACCCUUCUCAAACAUCGAGCUGUACAAUCUCAUGUGUGACGUGAUGCAGAUCUCCCCCAGUGAGAACAACGGGACCCACGGCAGCAUGAACCACGUCCUGAGGCAGCCCUUCUACGCUCCGGCGCCCCCCCCCGAGCAGAGCGCGCCGCUCCGCUGUCCGCUGAGCGGCCUCGACCCCGAGGACCAGCUGGGCUGCUCGUGUCCGGCCCUGAGCGGAAACAACCUCAACAGCCGCCUCAAUCUGACAGCAGAGCAAGAGUCCGCUGUGGAGAAGAAGCACAUGAUGUUCGGCCGCCCCCGGAUGCUGCAGCCUGACCAGAGUUACUGCGUCCUCCACCAGGAAGGGUUCAUCGCGGCCUUCAGCCACGACGCUCUGAUGCCUCUGUGGAGCUCCUUCACCAUCGACAGGCCGAUGAACUUGGACCCGUUGCCACCGGCGACAGCUGACUGUUUGAGGGCUGAUGUCAGACUCCGAGCGUCCCAGAGUCCCCGAUGUGACCAGUACUCGGCAGCCGGGAACAUGACCCACGCCUUCCUGUACCCGCCAAGAAAAGGCAUCACACAGGGAGUCAGACACGGAGGAGAGGCUGGUGGAGCUGAUGUAGUAACACCAUCUGCCAAUGAGCAAGGCAGGAGCAGAUCUGAAGGUCUGAACGAGACAGCGGAUCAGCAAUACGAUGCUCUCCUAAUGAGCAAUGUGGUGCCGAUGUACCCCGAGUUUAAGAGAAUCUGGGACUACUUCCACAGUGUCCUGUUGAAGAAAUACGCCUCUGUGUACAACGGGGUGAACGUGGUGACGGGGCCAGCCUUCGACUACAACUACGACGGCCAGUACGACACUCCGGGGCAGAUCCAGCAGUUCGUGUCCGGCACUAACAUCUCCGUGCCCACCCACUUCUUCGCGGUGCUGACGGGCUGCAGGGACUCGGCCCAGCCGGUCUCGGCCUGCGGGGGGGAGCUGCAGACCGUGUCCUUCCUGUGGCCUCACAGACCCGACAACUCGGAGAGCUGCAAAAGCUCAGAAGCCGAGUCUGAUUGGGUAGAAGACCUCAUGUGGUUCCACCAGUCAAGGGUCAGAGAUGUCGAGUGGAUCACAGGACUGGACUUUUACCAGGGCAGCAAUCGACCAAUCCAAGAGCUGCUGAGAAUGAAGACCCGCCCCACAUCUGCCAUUCACAGAAAACAGUGAAAUGUUUUUUUUUUCACAAAAAAAUCAGCAAGAUUGAUAUUUGCCAUUUUUGAAAGCAUUGUAGUAUUCGGUAAGUCUUCUUCUGUUAUCACUUACUAACACUGGACUGGAUGUAUAAAUCAUUCAAGUUAAACUGUUUAUUUACCUAAUUUUCCCCUUAAACAGUUUGUAUUAUUUCUUUCAAAUGAUAAUCCUAAUGCUGCGAUAUUUAUCCUGUUUGUUUUGUUUUGUAAUUGUCCUCAUUUCAGUUUCAGAGAAUUGAACUGCAGAGACUCAAAACCUACUCAUGUUCCACAAUGUAGAAGAUAACUAAAGAAGCAUUAAUGUGUUGACAAAGUAAAUCAAAUAAAAGAGAAAACGGUGUGGUCAUGGAGUGGUGAGGACAUCAGAAGAUGUGUUCCGCAUGUACCAGAGGUCUGGUCUCUGGCCGGUUACCUUCCUUACGGCUCCGUAGGCCGCCUCCUGGAACCAAAGAGGCCCGAGCCGAUGAAUACGAAACAAAAACCUCUGGGAUAAGGUCCAAGGUGAAACCCUGGGGGACAAAAGGGGAAGUUUUUCUCAUUCGGUUGCAAAUGUUUGGGGAUACUUUUGGAUAUUUUGAUAUAUUUAGUAUCUAAUCUGGACCAAACCAAAGAGGCGCUUCAUUUAUCAAACUUUUCGUCCCUCACAAACUUCCAAGUCUCAUAGUGAAACUCAGCCCCCUUCCUUCCUUCACCCUCCCCCUGAAUGCAUAUAACAUAUUCAUGGUGUCGAGG